GUAAUAUGGAAUAAAAUUGGUAUGGAGUAUCCUCUGACAAUUGGUAAACGAAGAUUUAUACCAGACAAUAGAAUCAGUGUAAAGUAUAAGCCACCAGAUAGAUGGAGACUGCGCAUCACAAAUGCCAGGUUAACUGACAGUGGUGUAUAUACAUGUACAAUGAAAGCAAUACACAAAGAAGAAGACGAAGAGAACCAGUCGACUCAGUCAAAUGAUAAUAAACGCUCUUGUCACGAAACGAAUAAUAAUCAUAACAGUCAAGAUAUAUCAGAAAAUUCAACACUAAGAUUAAGUAAUCCUGACUAUUACAUAACCGUAG